AUGAUCGAGCAGCAGAAGCGCAAGGGGCCGGGCCCGGAGCUGGCGCUGGUGGCGGCGGCGGCCAAGCGGCCCCGGCACGAGCUGCUGCUGGGGCCCGGCCCGGGCCGGGGGCCGCCGCCUCCGGGGGCCCUGCUGCAGGCGGGCCCUCCACGAUGUUCCUCCCUCCAGGCACCCAUAAUGCUGCUCUCGGGACACGAAGGAGAAGUUUACUGUUGCAAAUUUCAUCCUAAUGGAGCCACUUUAGCAUCUGCCGGAUUUGACAGACUCAUCUUGCUGUGGCACGUGUAUGGGGAUUGUGAUAAUUUUGCCACCCUGAAGGGACACAGUGGAGCAGUUAUGGAGUUGCACUAUAACACUGAUGGCAGCAUGCUCUUCUCAGCAUCCACAGAUAAAACGGUAGCUGUGUGGGAUAGUGAAACUGGAGAAAGAGUGAAAAGGCUGAAGGGCCACACAUCAUUUGUUAACUCCUGUUAUCCAGCGAGGCGGGGACCCCAGCUCGUUUGUACAGGCAGCGAUGAUGGAACAGUAAAGCUGUGGGAUAUUCGUAAAAAAGCUGCUGUCCAGACAUUUCAGAACACUUACCAAGUAUUAGCAGUGACCUUCAAUGACACCAGUGAUCAGAUUCUAUCCGGAGGCAUAGACAACGAUAUCAAGGUAUGGGACCUUCGCCAGAACAAACUAACGUACACAAUGAGAGGGCAUGCCGACUCAGUGACCGGCCUCAGUUUGAGUUCAGAAGGCUCUUACUUGCUUUCCAACGCAAUGGACAACACAGUUCGAAUCUGGGAUGUGCGACCGUUUGCCCCUAAAGAGAGAUGUGUGAAGAUAUUCCAGGGGAAUGUGCAUAAUUUUGAGAAGAACCUUCUGAGAUGCUCCUGGUCACCAGAUGGGAGUAAAAUAGCCGGCGGAUCAGCAGAUAGGUUUGUUUAUGUGUGGGAUACAACCUCCAGGAGAAUUCUCUACAAGCUGCCAGGCCAUGCUGGCUCAGUAAACGAGGUGGCUUUCCAUCCAGAGGAACCAAUUAUACUCUCUGCAUCUAGUGACAAGAGACUGUAUAUGGGAGAGAUCCAGUGAAGAUGAGAAGACUGCUUAAUAUUUGACCUUGACACCUUUGGUUUACAGAAGUAGAAUUGAAUUGCUUCUAACCAAUGCCAGCCCCUUCAGACACAUGUGGUAAUGGAACUGGAAAAUGUCAAGCCAGCUUCAUUUGCAGAGCAAAAUUUAUGUCUUAACCAACAAGGCUUCAGAGAAGCUUUAUCUGGAUGCGCCUCCCACAAAGAGAAGAGGGGAAUUUUUGGUAGGAAAUGCGUUAGUCUAAAAUGGUUGGAAUUUUUAAGAUGCUUCAUGUGUUCCCACUUUCAGCUGCUGAAGAGGUUAUUGGCCAUUACCAGAAUCACUUACAAUUUAUUGUCAAAUGUGUUAAAAUGCAGUAAGUGAUUUGUAUAUUUCCUGUCCAGUUUCUCUUGGUUGUUUUUAUACAGAAAAACUAAAUAGACAACUUUUUAUAAGAA